AUUAAUUUUCACUAUGAAAAAUUGCAAUUUUAGAAUAUUGUUACUAGCAAGUACAAUUGAUAUUUGAACACGCCCCGGUAAUUAACUGCUCCGUAUUAGUGUUCAGUUUGAUGUGUUAUUUCUAAAAGUAGGAGUACCGCUGGGUAAUAUAUUGAAGAAAUUGGAUCUAAACGUAAUUUAAGGAACAACCGAAAUCUUCUCGGGCAAUGGAGAACUUUUCUCUCUCACGAUUCUCUACUCCGGCAAGAUCUCCGGCAUCGGUUUCACAGGAAGCGACGGUGGCAGUGAAUCUUCUCCGUUGCUUACUCCCCAGCCCGGCGGUUUCAGAAGGACUCACUGGCGCAUUUGUGUUUGAGGCAGCCGCCGGAGACGCCGGAGCCGCCGGUGUCCGUCUCUACCGGUCUACCACGCGAACCUUCCUCGACUUCAAUUUCUUCGUCUCCGCUUGCAUAUCAAACACCACUACAUCAGUUUCUUCCUCAUUGGGGCGAUUCCGUCUUCUACGGUGGCCCGGAAUUCCCGGCCACCACCCGUCGGCGGUCGUCCCAUUCUUGACUACGUCCACCCCUGGAUUCACCUGAUUCGAUCGGAGACGCUCCAACAGAAUCAGGCUUACCCCACCGCAAGAGCUUCCGGUUUCCCCAGUUUAAACAAAAGGGAAACGUGAAAUCUAUAGCGGCGGCCUCGAUCUUUGGGAACCCAUCGCCAUCGGCACCUCCCAAUACCUCUCCUCGUUCUUGUUUUCGACCGUCCUCUAAAGUCUCUCUGUUUCCGGCAAUACCGACGGCGAGGCGGUCGAGUUGUGACGUAGCGUAUGAUUUGGUUAAACAGAUCUCUCUGUUCAUUACUAAAGUUGUGUUGUUUUUGACCCACUAUUUCUUGUGAAUGGAAUUUGUAUACUCUAUUCAUCUUAUACGCCCUCCCGCCAGGAAGUUCCUAUUUUGACCUACGCAUAUAUUUAGGAAAUAAAUUUGACUUUUCUAUAAAGUACAUUGUUUCGACACUGUUUGACAUUGUUUGCA